AUGGAAUAUUGCAAGGAAGGGACACAUGUCAUGUGCAUGUUCUACGAUAAAGACAGAGAGAUGGGCCCUCAUUGCCUGAACUCACAAAAUAUAACGAUAACACCGGUCUUGGCGUCAAAGCUUCUAGAAAUAUCCAAUGCAAUACGGAGUAAAUUAGCUCUUGGAAAGGAAAAAGGUAGUGGCGGCCAGCCUUUGCCGAGGGCCUAUGGAAUGUUGAGAUUGCAAUGGGACGAAGAAUUAGCGACAUUCGCACAAGUGUUAGCCAAUCAAUGCAUCUUGAGACACGACAUUUGCAGGGCAAGCAAAAAUUUCGCCAAUCCCGGACAAACUGCUGGACGGGUGCGAUACACAUACCCUGAUUGGAAACCCAUAACCAACGCCUUUACUGGAGUUACUGCCCAGGAGCCACGCCUUAAUACCGAGAAACUGAUGUACGCUAUUAAACAGAGUGCCAAAUCUUGGUAUUUGCAAAAGGCGGGAGUUACACAAGACAUGAUACUGAAAUAUCCCGACUGGGUCCAACACCCAACAAAGCGCGACGGCAAGCUGUAUUUGGAGAUGGUCACUGGCCACGCCACUCACAUGGGAUGCGGAAUGUCAGCCUACACUGAAUACACUUACAAAAAUAACAACGCCGCGUUGAAUUAUAAUUCUGUCGAAGUCAUCUGCAACUUCUCCGCUCGUCCGGCCCCUGGCACCUCUGUGUACUACACGCAGCCGCCACCAAACGCCACCCCGGGGUCCCCGUGCGGCUGCCCCCUCGGCUACGACGAUGACGAGGACUGUCUAUGCAACGAGAACCCAAACUACAAACCGACUCCAAAACCGAAAAUACGCUCGUGUAGCGGCAAAAAUUGUGUCCCAUCAAUAGUACUACUGCCAAUCAUAGCAAUGGAAGAUGCAACACCUAACCAACUGAAACGAUAUAACAAUGAAACGCAAGACCAACUGAACCAUAUGGAAAUAUUCAACAAUGACAACUCUGUAAAUAAUGGUGCCGUAAAAGAGGGCUACUCGCGUAAUACCUUUGACGAAACGCUACGCGAGGCACGCAUUAAUUUACAAAAAGCUCGUAAGCCGACCCACAACGAUCUAUGGAAAGUGCAGCACCAAUACACCCCGAAAAACCCUUUGAUAUCGGAAAAUGGACAGCAGGCACAAUCUAUUAACAAAGGCCUUAAUCACGUUCGACCUAGUGCGAAACAACAAUCUAAACUAAGUAUAUUUUCUAAAUCUAAUACGUUUGAGCUACCGCUUAAAGGCCAAAUAAUCAAAGAUAACAAAAGCUUCAGAAAGCUCGAGUGCACCGACAUCGCAACAAGCUCGAGGCUGGCACUAUCAAAGGAUCUACACGUAAAAGAGAUCGCUUCCUCCAAAAGAGACAUUAUGGAACUCUUAAAGUUGCAGGACUUGCUGGUUGCGCCAUUGCCAAAAUUGAAAAGGUCGCCACGUUCAGAUGAAGAACGAAAGUGUCCUGAACCAUUUGCUAAACGAGGUUUUAAUCGUAAG